AGCGUUUCUAAUACAGCUUAGAACAAGAAAGUAUCAACUACCAAGUGUAGCUAUUAAUUAACAAAUAAUUAUAAUUUUGAAUCGAAUUAAGUUUAUGUGAUAACAGUAUUUCGCAUACAGUUAUAAGGUGAAGUUAGCGUUUUUAUACAACAAAAAUUUGUGACGUUUGCAUAAAAACAAAUCGAUCUGGUAUAGUUGAGGUGCACAACGAAAUAAAAACAAGUAGUGGGGGUAUUGUAGGUAUAUGGUAGGUAUCAGUAAUUAUCAAAGUGUUCUAGUUUCGGUGUUGUGGUUUACUUAUUGACUAAUUGUAUCGUUAAUUGACUGAUUUUGAAGCGAGUUCCAGUGUUAUUGUCAGAUUUACAGAAUAUUGGGAUUACUUUCGAGCUAAAAAUUUCAACGUUUUGUUUUGAUACUGUCCAUAUUUUUAAUCAAAAAUGGUGUCUGGUGGAAUGACGUGUAUUAAAUAUUUACUAUUUUGCUUCAAUUUAGUUUUUGCGGUUUCAGGCAUAGCAGUUCUUACAGCUGGUGCUGUUAUACAUGCACUUUACUUUCAUUACUCUGAAUUUGUGUAUGAAAGCUACGAAUCUAUACCAGUCAUUUUAAUUAUUGUCGGAAUUAUUGUUUUUGUAAUUGCAUUCUUUGGCUGUUGUGGAGCAGUUCGUGAAAACCAUUGCAUGAUAGUUACUUUUUCCGUAUUUCUGGUGGUCAUAUUUUGUCUGGAACUAACAACUGGAAUAAUUGGCUAUGUCAAGAGGAGUGAAAUUGAAGGAAUGUUGGAAAAUAAGAUGAAUUCAACCAUGUAUAAAUAUUAUAAUACUUCUCAAGUGCAGAAUUCAUGGGACAUUUUACAACAUGAGGUGAAAUGCUGUGGCAUGAAUGGGCCUGAAGAUUGGACUCUGGUAAAUCAUUUCAAUAACUCAUUACCACAUACUUGCUGCCCCAAUUCUUCAAAAGAUGACAGUUGCACUAUUAAUUCACUAGAUAAAUAUACUAAAUCAUGCUUAGAAGGUCUGAAGGAAAAGCUUCAAAACUAUGCAGCAGUUUUGGGUGGAAUUGGUAUUGGAGUUGCCUGUGUGCAGCUUUUUGGUAUUAUUUUUGCCUGUUGUUUGGCCCGUUCCAUAAGAAAGGAGUAUGAGACAGUUUAAAGAAAUGGUAUGGCACUCUGUCGCUAUAAUUGCACCAUUUAAUGAAGAUAAUACAAUAUUCUACUGUUCGCUGCGUUUACCUCACUGUUCUGUUUGCACUUUAAUUAUUUUUAUAUACCAUAUUUGAAUAUGCCUUAUUAUAUUAUGUUGUUCUGAUUUAAAAGUAUGUAGCAAGGAAUCUCUUCAACUUAAUGUUAUUCACGAGGGAUAGGUCUGAUUUAUGUUAAUUUUCGUAAAAAAAUGUUCAGUUUGGUAAUUUUAAAUUUUGAUGUCUUACAAUUAAUUAAUUCCAAAGAGAACUUACGUUCGGGUAAUAAUUGUAGAUUUUUCUGUUCCAAAAAAAGUUAAAUAAUAUUUGCACAUAUUAGGUCUUAAAUAUAAUUUCAUUUUGUGCAUAUACACAUUCAAUGCUAAAAUGUGUAUGAUUUUAUUGUACACUUGUACCAAAUUGUUCAUUUAGUGUUCUCAAAAAUUACAAGUCUCAAUUUAUUGUUAUUUACUCAAAUUCACAGACUGAUUGUUAACAAUAUUCUUAUAAUAUUAUUUACAUGUCGAAUAUUUUAUAUAGAUGUUAGAGUAGUAUAUUAUGCACUCUCUGUUGAUGAAUGUAACGUCGAACAUAAACAUUAAACAAUUAGCAGAAGAAUAUUUUUUAUCAACAUUUGUUGGUGUUAUUGUCAACACAACGAAUUCAUCUGCCAAAGUAUAAUUGAAUGCUAAUUACCAUUUUGUUUGUUCGACGUUAUAAAUAGACGUUAAUAUAUUGUGUUGUUAGAAAUAUACUACUGAAACUUAUUAUGUACAACAAUUUAUCUUAAAUCGCAUUAUUUUGCAGGAGUUGUGUUGUAGAUUUAAAAAUUGCAUGGAAGAUAACGAAAUUCUGAUUAAAAUCGAAUUUCAAUUUAUUUGAACAAUCAAGAGACUGCUUAAAAGGCUAAUUUAUAAUUUAAAACUAAUUCUAUUGCUGUACUGAAUACUAUAAAUCUCAAUUGCAAUUUUUUAUCACUUAUAAGGCCAUUUUACCGUUUUAAAUGUAUUUUCCUAAACGUUUACACUUUCUAUAAUAAUUUUUCGGGGAUGCUACAAAAAAUUCGGAGUUUAAUGGAGUUUAAAAUUAUUAUAUACAUAUAUAUAUUAUAUGAGCAUUAGUAGAAUACCUUCGUUUACAUUCCUAUUUUUAUAAAAGCCAAUUUAAAAAGUUUAGAAUGAUAUACUCGAUAUUAUGAUAAACAUUGCCAAACGUAUUUGAGGCUUACCAAUGCUUUCUUUUUUCGUAUUCUGUUUUAUCGUUAGAUGUUUUUUUUAUUUGAAUGUAAGCACAUAAAGCUAGAGGAAAUUUUGCAUAAUUAUUAUUUUAGCUUGCAUCAUUGGAUGUUGGUGUUUCUGAUGUAAUUCUUAUAAUUUUACUUAAGUGUAAUUGCCACAUUACUUAUUAGAAAAAGAAGCGGUCAGUUCUGUCUAUGAAAACACAGCUACUAAUGCUGAAUUCUAUUAAAAGAGAAAAUUACAAUCGAAUAUAUUAUUUGUGGCUAUGGUAAUGAUAAACUUAUAAGCUUGACAAAUGGUCUAAUUUUCACUCAUACAUGGUAUUGUCAAUAUUAUCUAUAAAGGUUGUUUUGUGAGUGUUCACUGUUUUACUUGUAGCUAUGUAUUGCAAAUAAAUAAUAAAUUUUUAUUAACAAUAA